CGAUGAGGAAGCGCGCGCUCCAGUCCAGCUGUUGCGACUCCCUGGUGUAGCGGGUGCGCGAGCGUUAUCCUCGAUCGAUCGUCAUGUCGAAGAACACCGUGUCCGACCGCUUCCGCAAGGUGGACGUGGAUGAAUACGACGAGAACAAGUUCGUGGACGAGGAUGAUGGCGCGGAGAACCAGCAGGGUCCGGAUGAAGCGGAGGUGGACUCGCUGAUCAGACAAGGGAACCUCAUGGGAGCGCUGCAGGCGGUGCUGAAAAACCCACCGAUCAAUACGAAGAACCAGAAUGUCAAGGACCGUGCUGAAGGACUGGUGCUGAAAGUGCUCAGUGCCUUCAAGACCAGCGACAUCGAGAAAGGAGUGCAGUCUCUGGAUAAGAACGGCGUCGACCUGCUGAUGAAGUACAUCUACAAGGGCUUCGAGCGGCCGUCGGAAAACAGCAGCGCCAUCCUGCUCCAGUGGCACGAGAAGGCUCUCGCCGCGGGAGGCGUCGGCUGCAUCGUCCGAGUUCUGACCGCACGGAAAACCGUCUAAACUCCGUCUGCUCCACGCUACUAACAGAAAAACAAAGAAACAACAAACCCGACAGGAUGCCCGUAUCUGCCCGUGCGCUCCGAACAAAGACAGGAUUUUUUCACACGGUGCUGCGAACAACUCGCGUCUCACUUCGCUUUCAUUCUCACCCUCUCUAGCUCAGUCUCUCUGUAUUGCUCACUCAGACACAUGUACCACGUGCCCUCUUUUUUUAGCUUUUCUCAGGAAGGCAUCGCACCUCACGUGUUCGAGCGGUGCAUAAUGAUUUGAACUCGGUUCUCACAUUCUCGUGUCGAUAUCUUACAGAUAUUACAGACACACCCUCUGUUUCCGCCCUUAAUGCUGUAUUUCUGUUUAAAACAAACCAAAGGGCAUCGGCUGCUCACGGCACACACGGAUACGUCACGUAACAUAACCAAACGUAUGCACGUCUUAACCCUUCUGGUUCAUUCUGCAGUAAAAAAAAAAAAAAAUCAUUUUUAAAUGACUAUUAAUCCUGUAAAGAGUACUAAUGCGCACCUUGUUUAUUCAUGUGUAUCUUAUAGGGGCAUUCCAGAAUAAAAAGUGUGUUAUUUUAUUAUUACUCAUCUAAACACAGUUACGCAUUUUCUAGACUUAGAUCCGUCUCUCUUUUUUUAUCGCUUUAACACAUCAUGGGUUAUGCAAAAGUGAUCACGGAAUCAUUCCGACCAUUCGUUAAUGCUACAGACCGCUCGUAUAAUAAUUGUCAUGCUAGUGAAGAAAAAAACUAAUUAAGCUACUUUUUAAAAACCAUUUCAUGUAUACAUUAUUUUUAAGGGGCGUUUGAAUGAAACUGGGACUUUUGAUUGCACAGAAUAAGAGAACUCAAAAACUAACUUUAUUUCUCUCUAUAAUUUCAUCACAAGUCCCGGUUUGACUUGAACGCCCUUCUUAUAGGCAUAUGCAGAUUUCUUUACACUUUCUUUUGUUGUUGUUGUUUUUUAAAACUGCAUGAUGUAUGAAUUUUGACUUAUAUAAUGUAAUAACUUAAUAUCAGAUAUUUAAAAAAAUGGAUUGUCCAAGGCUAAAAUGCCACACCCGAAAUAAUCUUUUAAAGGUCCCAUAUUUCACUAUUUUUUUAACAAGUUAACACAGGUCACGGAAUCCCCCCACCUCCCCCCAAUGUGUGUGAUUUUUAAUGCGUGUCCAAAUGCUGCCACAAAAGAACACCAGAGCUGAGCAACAAGCUGGGGGGAGGGGUAUCUUCUUAUAUGAGGUCACAAUAGGGAGAAAAAAUCUAAUUGGCCUGUUUAAAUCCCGGCCAAUGGAAAAUUAGGGGGAUAAGGAUGAAAAGCAGGACAUGUUUCUUUCUUAUGUUUUUAUGUUCGUGCACACACACACACACACACACUGGCAACCCAUCCUGAAUGUGUAAAAUUGCUCAAUAGUGAAUUUCCACAUAAUACAGUAGGUCACCUUUAAUGUCCAAAGCAUUUAACGUUCAGCUGUAAAAGAUGUAGUGCUGGAAAUAUGUUGGUUUCUGAACAUACAGAAUUUACACACACACACA